CAACAGCUCUGGAGUGUCUUGUCCUGGUGUAGACGCUGCAUUGAGCAAGCACAGGUGUUCAGGAUAAUCGUGGAGCAUGGCGGUGGAGAAAGAAAGCAGUGAGCUCAACAAUCUAAACAUCAGCACAAUCGUCCAGGAUGAGACUGCCCCAGCCCUCCAGAAGAAGAAAGUGUCCGACUGUGCGUCACUAAAGGCUUUCCUGGUCGCUCUUUCUUUCUGUUAUUUCGCUAAGGCAUUUGCUGGGAGUUACAUGAAGAGCUCAAUAACACAGAUUGAGCGCCGCUUCGACAUUUCCUCCUCCACAGUCGGGAUAGUGGACGGAAGCUUUGAGUUUGGAAACCUGCUGAUGAUUGCCUUUGUCAGUUACUUUGGGGCAAAGCUUCAUAGACCAAGGAUUAUCGCUGCUGGCUGCUUGGUCAUGGCGCUGGGCGGUUUCCUUACAGCGAUGCCACAUUUCUUCAUGGGACCUUAUAAGUAUGAUGCAGUGAAGGUGCAAGUGACUUCGCCCAUCAAUUCUACAGACUCCACCUAUAGUGUCUCCCCAUGUCUGGCCAACACAACAUUAACCGAGGACAUCAAACCAGAGUGUGUGAAGAAGACAAGCUCUCACUUUUGGGUUUACGUCUUGGUCGGGAAUAUGCUGCGAGGUAUCGGAGAGACCCCCAUUACUCCCCUGGGAAUUUCCUACAUUGAUGAUUUUGCUGAGCCAAAGAACACAGCACUAUAUAUAGCUUGUCUGCACACUGUGGCAUUGUUGGGCCCUAUGGCUGGAUUGAUGGUUAGCUCAUUAUUCGCUAGGUUCUACGUAGAUAUCGGAUUUGUGGAUCUAGACACUGUGACUAUUACACCACAGGAUAAACGUUGGGUUGGCGCCUGGUGGAUUGGGUUCCUGUUGGCUGGAGUCCUUAUGCUAAUUUCAGGAAUCCCUUUCUGCUUUCUGCCUAAGAGUAUGACAAGAAAAAAAGCACAUCCCUCCCAUGAGGGACAGCGGCUUAAAGAAAAUGAGACAUCGCACACUGAGUGCGAUGAAAAAGCCACAAUAAAAGGCUUCUUCCUCUCCCUGAAGGCUCUGGCUUCUAAUCCAUUCUACGUCAUGUCUACUAUAACCAUUCUUUUUAAUCUCAGCAGUUUUAUUGGAUCCAUAACUUACAUACCCAAGUACGCGGAGCAACAGUAUGACCAGUCUACCUCAAAGGUGAAUUUUAUAAUUGGAGUUAGCAGUUUGCCAGCAGCAGCUCUGGGAAUGUUGCUGAGUGGUGUGCUGAUGAAGAAGUAUAAGUUUGGAUUGCUAUCUGCCUCUAAGCUGGUCUUUAUUUCCUAUCUUGGGUCAUUCAUUUUGUUUUUCACUAACUUCAUUAUUGGAUGUGAGAAUCCUGAAGUGGCGGGGAUGACCGUGUCUUAUAACGGGAGCAAACUGGACACAUUAGGAGGCAACCAGCUCAUCUCCGACUGUAACAGCGACUGUAGCUGCUCCACCAGCCAGUGGGAUCCAGUGUGCGGAGUGAAUAAUAUCACCUACAUGUCGGCAUGUCUGGCCGGAUGCAAAUCGUCCACAGGAUCUGGAAAGAGCAUAGUUUAUCAGAACUGCUCGUGUAUUGAAUCCAUGGGCUUCCCAUCGGUAAAUUCAUCCAUGAAGCUUGGCUCGUGUCCUCGUGGUGACAAUUGUGACACAAUGUUUCUCAUCUAUGUGAUCACACAAGUCUUCACUACCUUUAUAUUGUCAUUCAGCGGAAGUGCCACCUUCGUCAUUAUUCUCUGGUGCGUAUCUCCAGCACUGCGGUCUCUGGCUGUCGGUGUCUACAUGUUACUGAUCAGAGUAAUAGCUGGAAUCCCAGCUCCGAUUUACUUUGGGGCUCUUAUUGACAGAACCUGUCUUAAGUGGGGGACAACAGUCUGUGGAGGGAGGGGAGCGUGUCGUUUGUAUGAUACCCUACUCUUUCAGGAACACCUACCUGGGCCUCAGCGCCGGGUUAAGGGCCCCAUCCGUCAUCUUAUUUCUCUGCUUUAUAUUUAUGGUAAAGAAAAAGUUUCCUGAGAAAAAAAGGAAUGAGCAAGAAAACGGCGCAAAGGAACCAGCACACCCUGAAGAUGGCAGAAAAGGAGUAUACGACACUCCUGAAAUAGAGAAACAGACUUUAAUGUAGUGUUCAAUCUCGUAGUACAUGAGAGGCACUGAAUCUGUAAUAUUGUUGUGUAAUGAUAUGAGGACAUUACCCAGAUGUACAUGUAGAGAGAUGAUGUAGAUAAAAUAGUUGUCUUAUGUCUAAUGGUCACAUGACUCAAGAUAUCACAUGUUCUAACAGAUUGUCCCAAUAAACUUCACAGGA